AUUCUCCUUACUGAAAACAUUAAGACGAAAUGAAAUGACAAUUUUUAUAUAAAGCAGACAUGGGUACACCAAUAAAAGAUGUUGUGAUACCAGACAGUGCUCAGAAAACCUUACUGCUACAGAAACAUUGUGACUAUAUAGCUGCAUAUGGAACAAAGAAAGAUGACUAUGAGUACUGUAUUACAGAGUACCUGCGAAUGAGUGGCAUGUACUGGGGCUUGACUGUGAUGGAUUUGAUGGGACAGCUUCAUCGCAUGGACAAGGACCAGGUUCUACAGUUUGUUCAGCAGUGUCAACAUGAGUGUGGUGGAAUCAGUGCAAGUAUAGGUCAUGACCCUCAUCUCUUGUACACGCUUAGUGCAAUACAGAUUUUGACUCUAUAUGAUGCUGUCGAUGUUGUGAAUGUGGAGAAGGUUGUGGAAUAUAUUCGCUCUCUACAACAGGAUGAUGGCAGUUUCUAUGGUGACAAAUGGGGCGAGGUGGACACAAGAUUUUCCUUUUGUGCUGUGGCCUGCCUAUCACUACUGGGUCGGCUGGAUGCAAUAGAUGUAGAUACCACUAUAGAAUUUGUGGUGACCUGUAUGAACUUUGACGGUGGAUUCGGAUGUCGCCCAGGCAGUGAGUCCCAUGCUGGCCAGAUCUACUGCUGUGUGGGGACCUUGGCCAUCACCGGUCACCUCCACCUUAUCAGUGCUGACCUCCUAGGCUGGUGGCUCUGUGAACGCCAGCUUCCCUCAGGGGGCCUUAAUGGUCGACCUGAAAAGCUGCCAGAUGUAUGUUACUCUUGGUGGGUGCUUGCUUCUCUCAAAAUUAUUGGCAAGAUCCACUGGAUAGACAAGGAAAAGCUUGAGAAGUUUAUAUUAGCAUGUCAAGAUGAUGAAACAGGGGGCAUAUCUGACAGACCAGGUGAUGUGGUUGACCCCUUUCACACUUUAUUUGGUGUAUGUGGCCUGUCUUUGCUGGGCAAUGAAAACAUUAAGAAUGUGAACCCUGUGUAUUGUAUGCCUGAGGAAGUGAUACAGCGUGUGGGAAUAAGACUUGAACUGUUGUGAUAACUUAGUGUGAUUUUAUGUUAUGUCUGUCUGUCUGUCUGUCUAUUUCUUGAUAAUGCAGUGGUAGUAAUUAUUACAUGCUGAAACUUUGUAACAGAGUAAAUGUGGAGUAAAUUGCAUGUAAGGACACCAGCCAAUCAAUGUAUAGGAUAGGAUAUAUUGAUCAGGAUGUUCUUCUGCAAGCAAGUGAAUUUUAAGGAAUUUUCUAAUUACUUUAGAUCAAGUGAAAUAUAUUAUCUGAAAUAAUGACAGGAUCCAGUAUGAUUAUGAGGGAACUAAAUCUGUUUAGGUCAGAACAGUGGAUGAAUGUUAUUUAUUUAAUGGUAUAUUUGCAAUUUUACUUUUGAUUAAGUUUAUCUGAUUUGUAUCAUGAAUGAGAGCUCAUUAUAAUUAUAUGAUCAGCAUGCUGCUUAGUGUAGUAUGAGUGUAGGUGUUUUUAAUUCUAUCUUUUAUCUUCCAAUGUAAAAAAAAUGUACGGAUGAAGGAUGAUCUACGCAGUAACUGAAUUACUUGUUUUGAUAUUGAUAAUGUUUCAAAGUCAAGCAAAGCAUUGUUUCUUAAUGUAACAGUAGAUUAUAAACUGUUGAAAUCUAUUAACACACAUUUUGAGUGAAGAAAAGUUAAGAAGAUGUUCAUAUGUUGGAAAUGUAUUUGGGAAAUCUAUCCAGAAGAGUUGAUAGUUUAAUAUGGAUGUUCAUGAGGUUUCAGUGUAUGCGAGUAUGUACAUGUUUAUUGAAGCAAAGACGAAUAAAAGACGAACAGAAAUCCAAAUUUCAUUGAUGCAACCCAGCAAGUUUAAUGAACGUACAGCUGAAGAAAUGCCAUGUCAAACCAGACGUGGUACUUUUUGAGUCGGGGUGCAAGGGGUAUGAGUAUUAUAUGAUAAUAUCCUUAUUAGUAAUAAAUUUGUGGUCAUGAUUUAAACAAAAAUAAGAAGAAUUGUACAAUUGUCUAUGUACAAAAAUAGAUACGUAUAAAAGGUAACACAAACGGUAAUUGAAAUGAAGAAAAAUUUAUGCAAAUGAGCCUCUACCAUAGAUACGUUGUACAUGUGGUAGUUUUCAUGAAUAUCAUGUUUGAUUCCGAUUCAUUGAUUGUUUAGUAGAUCAAUUUCAGUAUUUCUCCCCUUUAGACAACUCCCCCCACCCCCCACCCCCCACCCACCCCCCACCUACCCCUCCCAAAGAUAUGUCAAUUAUCAGCAAUUUGUGUGUUGAUAUAGCGCAUGCUUUUUGAUCAGUCUAUGUUACAUGAUUAUAUUCUGUUUAACUAGUACAUACUUGAAUACUAAUGUCGCACAAGUUAUUUUACUAGUUGUUGAUCGUCUUAUUUAUAAUAAAAUGAAUACCAUAUGUUGAAAA